AUGGCUCAGCAGGUCGCAGACAGAGCAGACUUCAUAUUUUACUCGAACAGGAUCAUACGCUUGCUGGUGGAAGAAGGCUUGAAUCACCUACCCGUCGUUGAGCAGUCAGUAACCACCCCAGUUGGUCGGUCAUAUCUUGGAGUCAGAUUCCAGGGGAAAAUAUGCGGUGUGUCCAUUAUGAGAGCAGGAGAAGCUAUGGAACAAGGUUUGCGUGAUUGUUGCAGAUCCGUUCGCAUUGGAAAGAUCUUGAUACAAAGAGACGACGAUACAUGGCAACCUAAGCUUUUCUAUGAGAAACUUCCCAAGGACAUCGCAAACAGAUGGGUGCUACUUCUGGACCCAAUGUUUGCAACUGGUACAGAACACUCUGCGAAUGAUCUUUUAACGCAAUUCGUGCUAAUGACUAGAGUAGGUGGCUCGGCCACGAUGGCGGUUGAUGUAUUGAAAUCAAAAGGUGUACCUGAAGAUCGAAUCCUUUUCUUAAAUCUCAUCGCAAGUCCUUCGGGGGUUGCCGACUUUGCUCAGAAGUACCCUAAACUGCGAGUAGUCACCGCAUUUAUCGACCAAGGGCUCGACGAAAAGAAGUAUAUUAUUUCCGGGGCUCGGUGA